UAAAUGCGAUUACUAUAAAUAAAGAAAACCCCCGGCCUUCUCCCCUCGCGCUCGCCAUCUCUCCUCCUCUCUCGGUUUUUUGGAGCCCUCGGCCGCCGAUCGUCGCCGCCUUCUGCGCCGACACGCGGUGGUGCGGCCUCUUGUGAAAGGUCGUUGCAAGCAAGCGCAGCUGAAUUGGAAGAGAGAAAAGAAGGAUUGGGGGAUUGGUUAGUGAGUAAUGGGUUCUGUUGGUGCUGCUUCUUCUUCUGUUGUUGGCCUCUAUUGCCCUCAUGCAUGUAGCAACUUCAAGAAGUUCAGAAGGUUGCAAUAUAAUCUAUUUGCAACGUGCAAGAAGACUUCGAAUUCUACAUCAAUCAGUUUAAAGAAAGCUUCAUGUUUUGGUCUGAAUGGAGAUGCUGGUUUUGAUACUCUGCCACUAUCUAGUAAUGGAGACAUCCUAAUGGGACAAAAUACUUCAAUUGGUGGGCAGGACCAUCCAUCGGUCAAUACCGUGCUUCAAGCAGAUGCUGUAAAACAUGGAACAAUUUCUGCAGAUAUGCCUCCUACAAUGGAUGACUUUUCUGUUGAUGGUAACGAACUUGAUUUAGACUGCCCUACAGAAGGUUUCUCUUCUAUUCCAGAGGCAAUUGAGGACAUCCGUCAAGGCAAGUUUGUGAUUGUUGUAGACGAUGAAGACAGAGAAAAUGAGGGAGAUCUUAUAAUGGCUGCAUCUUUGGUAACACCAGAGGCUACAGCUUUUAUAGUCAGGCAUGGGACUGGAAUUGUGUGUGUCAGCAUGAAAGAAGAAGACCUUGAGAAAUUACAGCUUCCUCUGAUGGUAACAAACAAAGAAAAUGAGGAGAAGCUUUGCACGGCAUUCACUGUUUCAGUGGAUGCUAAAGAGGGUACGACAACCGGAGUUUCUGCUAAAGAUAGGGCAAAGACAAUAUUGGCUCUUGCAUCUCCUACUUCAAAGCCUGGAGACUUCAACCGCCCUGGUCAUAUUUUUCCUCUAAAGUACAGGGAGGGUGGUGUUCUAAAGAGAGCUGGACAUACAGAAGCAUCUGUCGAUCUCGCUAUGCUGGCUGGUUUACCUCCUGUUGCAGUUCUGUGUGAAAUUGUUGAUAAUGACGAUGGUUCCAUGGCUAGGUUACCAAAGCUUCGUGAAUUUGCAAGGAGGGAGAAUCUGAAGAUAAUUUCAAUUGCAGAUUUAAUUAGAUAUAGAAGAAAAAGAGACAAGUUGGUGGAACGUGCUUCUGUUGCACGUUUGCCCCUAAAGUGGGGUUCUGUUCGGGCCUACUGUUACAGAUCAUUGCUUGAUGGGAUGGAGCAUAUUGCUAUGGUUAAAGGUGAUAUUGGAGAUGGUCAAGAUAUCCUAGUGAGGGUGCAUUCUGAAUGCCUUACAGGGGACAUAUUUGGAUCAGCUAGAUGUGAUUGUGGUAAUCAGCUGGCCCUGGCCAUGGAAAUGAUUGAAAAGGCUGGGAGGGGUGUAUUAGUUUAUCUUCGUGGACAUGAAGGAAGGGGUAUUGGCUUGGGUCACAAGCUUCGUGCAUACAAUUUACAGGAUGAUGGGCGUGAUACUGUCGAAGCUAAUGAGGAAUUAGGAUUGCCCGCAGAUUCACGUGAAUAUGGUAUUGGUGCCCAGAUACUGCGUGAUCUAGGUGUUCGAACAAUGAAGCUGAUGACAAACAACCCUGCAAAGUAUACUGGGCUUAAAGGAUAUGGUUUGAGCGUGGCUGGCCGGGUUCCCUUGUUAACUCCAAUAACCAAGGAUAAUCGAAGAUACUUGGAGACAAAGAGGGUUAAAAUGGGCCAUAUCUAUGGUUCUGAAUUCAAUGGUCACCUCGCCGGCUGGGUUGACAGCACUGGUAGCAACGGACAACAUCCAGCCUCAUAAAUUGGAUUGGUUGGAACUGAAGUCAAUGCUGAAUCUAUUGUCGAAUAAGAUAUACUUUUGAGUGAAAAGACUUGAAGGAAUUUUUUCCCGUCCCAUUGCAUUUGUUUGGUUUUGGACUUGCCGAUGUUGAUCCGAAAUUUGAUGCGGACAGCUAAUGCAGUAAUGUAUUUUUGGAUGCAACUUAUUUUGACAUGCGUUUGUCUGCAGUCAAGUUGUAGGUUGGUCACAGUCAAGUUAUUCUUUUCACCAAAGCAAGUUGGUCAAACACACAUUACCAUUGGUUUAACAAUUUCUUGUGACUUCAUCAUAUACAACAAGACUUACCGGACAGUUCCAAAUAAAAUAUGUUCUUUCUCCUCUC